UAUUGCGCCUGCUCCGCCCCGUCUGCUUGGCUGGGGAGGAGCGGCUGUAUGUAAAAGCUGGCGGCUUCCUUUAGAGCUGAAUGGCUUGAAAAUCAUCUCGGGGGUUCUCUGUGCAACUCCGUCAGUUCUCAGGACUGAAAACAGAUUGGAAAAAAAAACAAAAACCUUUGGAGAUCUGGGAGAUCUACAGGGCGCUUCUGGAUCGUUGUUGGAGAAGAGGCUGGAAAUGGAUGCAACCUACCCAGCCUGGAACGAAAUAGGAAGAGGUCCUUCUGCUGCUCAUCCUAAGAGCUGUGGGGAGGUCUGGGCAGGACCAGGGCAGAAGAUCCUGGAGGAAGCAGGACCAGGGCAGAAGAUCCUGGAGGAAGCCCUCAGUUCUGAGAUGCAGCGUUGGCGCUUCAGGAACAGCCCCUUUCAGAAGACCGAGGGGCCACGAGAACUUUGCAGCCACCUUCACCACCUUUGCUGGGGGUGGUUACAGCCCGAGAAGCACACCAAGGCUCAGAUGUUGGACCGGGUGAUCUUGGAGCAGUUUCUGGCCGUCCUGCCCAGGGAAAUGCAGCGCUGGGUGCGGGAAUGCCGACCAGAGACCAGUUGCCAGGCGGUGGCCCUAGCCGAAGGCUUUUUGUUGACCCAAGCAGAGAACGAGCAAGGAGGACACCAGGUUCUGAGGUCUUUGUUGGAGGUUGGCAUCGACUGUCCUGAAGACGAGGUCCAUCCUGUAAAUCCCUCUCACAGUCCAUGUUUCAGAAGGAUUUCCAAGGAGGAAGGUCAAUGUCAGGCCCCCUCAAUAGAGAACAAAAUGGAGUCACCGUUGUUCAUCAGUUGCUCUCUUUGUACUGGUGGAGCUGAUAAAGCAGCUGGAUCUCCAGCUCAGGGUCCUGUGUCUUUUGAGGAGGUAGCUGUUCAUUUCACCAGUGAAGAAUGGUUGCUGCUGGAUCCCAACCAGAAAGUCUUGCACCAAGAAGUUAUGUUGGAGACAUCUAGGAUUGUGGCCUCUUUAGUUGGUGAUCAGGACACUGAAAAUUACCCAGAGUCAGAUGUGGUGCCAUCACAAAUAAUCAAAAUUGAAAUAGAAGGAGACACAUCUGCAGAUAAGUGUGGAAAAAGGAGAUAUGAGGAAAACCCAUCUUAUAAUUGGAAAGAAAAAUCCAUUCUUGAUUGCACAGAAACGGAUAAUUUCCUGACCCAACAUGAUUGUAAAGAAAGCAGAAUGGGAAAGUGGCAAGGAAGUGGUGAAAUAUUUCAAGCAAAACCCAACUAUAGCAAUCAGUGCAAUAUUGGAAAGACCUUCAGCAAUAACAGUAACAUUACUCCCCAUAAAAUGAUCCAUGCAAGGGAGAAGCCCUAUAAAUGUGUGGACUGUGGAAAGAGCUUUCGGUGGAGAGGUAAUCUAACUACCCAUAAAAAGAUCCAUUCACGGGGAAAACCCUAUAAGUGCAUAGACUGUGGAAAAAGCUUUAGCAUGAACAGUUCCUUUACUUCUCAUAAAAGGAUCCAUACAGGAGAGAAACCCUUUCAGUGCACAGUGUGUGGAAAGAGCUUCAGUUUGAACAGGUGUCUUAUUUCUCAUAAAAGGAUCCAUUCAGGAUUAAAACUUUAUAUAUGUAAUGAAUGUGGGAAAAGUUUUAUUUUAAGCAGCUCCCUUACUAAUCACAUCGGUACCCAUAGCAGAGAGAAACUAUAUCACUGUACUGACUGUGGGAAAAGCUUCAGGUGGAAAAGUCACCUUACUUCCCAUGAAAGGAUGCAUACAGGGGAAAAACCAUAUGAAUGUAAGGACUGUGGAAAAAGUUUCAGUAUGAACAGUUCUCUUACUUCUCAUAAAAAGAUCCAUACAGGAGAGAAACCCUAUCAAUGCAUAUUGUGUGGGAAGAACUUCCGGUUGAAAGGUCAUCUUACUUCUCAUAAAAGGAUGCACACGGGGGAAAAACCCUAUCAAUGCAUGGACUGUGGAAAGAGCUUCAGUAUGAGCAGUUCCCUUACUUCGCAUAAAAGGAUCCAUACAGGAGAGAAACCCUAUCAAUGUUUGGAAUGCGGGAAGAGCUUCAGCAAAAGCAGUAUUCUUAAUUCCCAUAAAAGGAUCCACACAGGAGAGAAACCCUAUAAAUGCCUGGAUUGUGGAAAGAGCUUUAACAACAGGAAUCACCUAACCUCCCAUAAAAGGAUCCACACAGGAGAGAAACCCUUUAAGUGCACAGAGUGUGGAAAGAGCUUCAGUUAUAGUGAUUCCCUUACUUCUCAUAAAAGGAUUCAUACAGGAGAAAAACCCUACAAGUGCAUGGAGUGUGGAAAGUCCUUUAUUCAAAGCAGUCACCUUAAUUCCCAUAACAGAAUGCACACUGGGGAGAAACCAUACAAAUGUAUGGAGUGUGGAAGGAGCUUCAGCAGCAGCAGUUCCCUUAUUUGCCAUAAAAGGAUCCAUUCAGGGUUGAAACCUUAUAUAUGCAAGGAAUGUGGGAAGAGUUUUAUUUCAAGCAGCUCCCUUACUAACCAUAUUGGCAUCCACAUAGCUGAGAAACUGUAUCAAUGUACAGAGUGUGUGAAAAGUUUCAGGUGGAAAAGUCAACUUAUUACCCAUAGGAGAAUACAUACAGGAGAAAAACCCUAUCAGUGCAAGGAUUGUGGGAAAAGUUUCAGUCUGAACAGUUCCCUUACUUCUCAUAAAAGGAUCCAUACGGGAGAGAAACCGUAUAAAUGCAUAGAGUGUGGAAAGAGCUUCAGCAAAAGCUGUAACCUUACCUCCCAUAUAAGGAUCCACACAGGAGAGAAACCCUAUCAAUGUACGGAGUGUGGAAAGAAUUUCAGUUUGAACAGUUCCCUUACUUCUCACAAAAAGAUCCACACAGGAGAAAAAAAAUAUAUACAUUAAUGAUGUGUGGAAAGAACUUAAUGUGAAACAAUCAACUUAUUUUCCCUAAAAGGACCCAUGUGGGAAAGAUGCCUUUAGUGAUUGAAGUAAUUCCUGUGAAAGAAUCCAAUGUGAUAUCAAACACACGCGCUGUACAGUAAGGGCAUAAAAUGCAGAGAACUUAAUCAAGAAUUUUGAACUGAUUUCUCUUAAAAGGCACCAUUGGAAGGAAAUAGGAUGUAAGCAAAGUAGUUUGUGAAGAAUUUCAAAGUUUUUUUUUAUUGUUCCUUUGAGGUAGUUUUUUUGCAGGAUUUUUUUUUGCAAAGUUUUUGGAAGUGGUUUGCCAUUAUUACCAUCACAGGGUUGAGAAAAAGUGACUGGCCUAAGAUACUCCAGCUGGCUUUGUGCCUAAGGUGAGAGUUCCCUUAGCCCCACAUGGGAGAAAUAUGUGUCUGGAAGAGAAAUUAUAGAGCAGGAGUCUUACACUCCAUGAAAGGAGAAACUAUAUAAAAGUAAGAAAUUUAGUAAGAAUUUCAAUACAAGGUGCUCUCUUAUUUCCCAGAAAAAGUUUCCUGCAGGAGAGACAGUACAGUAUGAAUGUAUGAAAUACAGAGAAUCACCUUGUUAAUCUGUCUUACUUCCCAGAAAAGGAUCCACUUUAAGGAUAUAGGAGUACAAGGAUCCUGUGAAAAAAGUUAAGGAAAUCUUCCUUCGUUUGGAGGAUCACCACAGAAAAAAAUGAAUAAAUACAUGGAGAGCUGCCAGGAUAUAUAUCUUAGUUCCAGAGGUAUUACCCUAGUGACUAGUCAGUUAGGUCCAGCUCAUAAGAAUCUGUUAUUAAAUUGCCCCAUUUGUUAUAUCAAAAUCUCUGCCUGGUCAUGUGUGUUUAUCUAGGCGGAAGCAACAUCUGGACCAAGUCUGGGAUCAGGCUCCAGGCUUUGUGGAAAGCUGACAUGUGUAAGCAAAAGCGGGGGAAAACAUUUGUGCACAUUUUAGAUGUAACUACUGAAAACACCUGCCUUUCUUAAACAAGUAGCAAAGUAUUAAAACCUUUUUUUAAAUCAGUGAAAAUCUCUCCCGAAUGUUUAUAGGACUGUUUAGCUAAGGAUCUCUGGUUGCAAAAUCACAUUAAUCCUGCUGAAAACAGACAUGCAGUCAGUACAUUUAUGAUUGCAGCUGUAGCCUCUUUACUUUGAAAAUGGUUUUAUCGAUUCCAGUGUACCAUAUGAGCAAUAUUUUUUUAAUAAAGGAGAAAGUUCAAUUGAA